UCGAUCAGUCACUUGGUUUAUUUCUCACUGUUUUAUACAAAUUUUACUCGACAUUUUUGUGUCCUUACUGUUGCGCUAGUUGUUGCGCAUACUUUAAAAUGUUCUUCAAAAUGUGGUCAUUUUCUCCUGUCAACUUUUAAAACGCUAUAAUCCAUUUAAUCGCGCUCAUAUCUCACGCAAGCGCGUAAGAGACCUUGAUUCACUGUGCGCUAGACAUCUAUAUCUGUCUUUGUUGCACAUCUCAAACUCAAUUAGUCAGACAUUUAGCAGACCGUUUCUCUUCCAGUGUGUGUGUCAUUAAGUGUAUGAUUUCACAUGGUUUUUAUUUCAGACAUGUAGAAUUGUGAAGUCUUUUGAUUCUUUUUUUUUUGAUAAAACAAUUUUAUGCACGGAGUCGUUCGACCUGCUCGAUGGUUGGUAAUUUGUUCAACAAAUAGAUCUUCCUGGCGAUAUACAGUUUUAUUUUCAAAGAAGGAACAAUGGUAUGGACCAACUAUCAGUGUACACUGGCUGCGCUACAAAUAGUUACAGGCUCAUUUAAUACUUUAUCGGUCAAAUAUGCAGAUCGACAAGUGGUUCUUGGUGAAGAUGAACAACUUAGGUACUUUAAUCAUCCAUUUAUGCAAUCAUUGUUUAUGUUUCUUGGAGAGGCUCUCUGUUUCUUAGCGUUUAAAGUUUUUUACUAUUAUUACAAUCGAAGAAAUGAUGGUUCUGUUGAUAAUAAUGUAUUGACUAAAGGUUCCAGAACUUUCAAUCCCUUCAUUUUAUUGAUACCUGCCUUAUGUGAUAUGUGCGCCACAUCCAUAAUGUACAUUGGCUUGAAUAUGACUUAUGCCAGUAGCUUCCAGAUGUUGCGUGGAUCUGUGAUUGUUUUUACAGGAAUAUUUUCUAUUGCAUUUCUUAAUAGAAAAUUGAAAUUGAGAGAAUGGACGGGCAUUGGUUUUGUUAUAACAGGUUUGGCAUUGGUCGGUGCUAGUGAUAUCUUAACAAAGGAAGAUACUGAUACCAGUGCUAAUUCUAUAAUUACUGGUGACUUGCUUAUUAUACUUGCGCAGAUAAUAACAGCUGUUCAGAUGGUUGUUGAAGAAAAUUAUGUGGGAAAACAGGAUAUUCCUGCCUUGCAAGCUGUUGGGUGGGAGGGUAUUUUUGGAGUUAUCGGAAUUUCUCUCGCUCUGAUUCCUCUCAAUUAUAUCGCCGCACCGCCGCCUUUUGCAGACAAUUCACGUGGUACACUUGAAGCCACUUCAGAGGCUUUCACCGAGAUAGGAGGCAGUUACAAAUUGGUGAUAGCUGUUAUUGGUAUAGCCUUCAGUAUUGCUUUCUUUAAUUUUGCUGGUAUCAGUGUUACAAAGGAAAUGAGUGCUACAACACGAAUGAUCUUAGACAGUGUUCGUACAAUCAUAAUAUGGAUCUUUUCAUUAAGCUUUCAGUGGCAAACUUUUCAUUAUAUGCAGCUCAUCGGCUUCGUAAUUCUUCUAAUUGGUAUGGCUUGUUACAAUAACAUCGUUAUUCCGCAAUUAAUCAAGAAUUAUCUAAACCGACUCGGACGUAAUACAACUGAAAGAGAAGAUCGUAUUAUUAAUACAGCCGCCGACGAUGUACAAGACACGAUAUAAAAAAAAUUAUAUAUAUAUAAUAUUUACUUAAAUAUAUUUACUUGCCUUUUUAAA